AUUCAUCACGUAAUUUCAAAUCGAACCUUCGAAAAUCGAAAUCUAAUGGCGUCGUCGCCAUUAACAACAAAACCUCUGCUCUCCUCCAACUUCUUCGGCGCCCAAAUCUUCAUCUCUCCACCCACCCCCAAAACCACCACACUCCCCAGAAGAUUCCUCCUCCCUCAAUCGAUUCUCAACAGGAGAAUAAUUUCAGACAAAUCGACGAAGAGCAACAACAACAACAUCACGAAUCACGCAGCUCUAGCUGCUCUCCUUUUCUCCUCAAUCACUCCGCAAGCGUUCGCGUUGGACAAUUCUCCACCGCCCGCUCCCCAAGUGAUCGAAAUCGAAGCCCAGAAGGCUGUCCAAUCAUCGCCCGUUGCUCAGAAUCUGGUACUGAAUGCUCCGAAACCACAGGCCCAGUCCAAUUCCGAUCUCCCCGAGGGCAGCCAGUGGCGCUACAGUGAGUUCCUGAACGCGGUGAAGAAGGGCAAAGUCGAGCGAGUGAGGUUCAGCAAAGAAGGAAGCACGCUCCAGCUCACCGCCGUCGAUGGCCGCCGCGCCGCCGUCGUCGUCCCCAACGACCCGGACUUGAUCGACAUUCUGGCCAUGAACGGCGUCGAUAUUUCCGUCUCCGAGGGCGAAUCGGAAAACGGCCUGUUUAGUAUCAUCGGUAAUCUGUUCUUCCCGAUCCUCGCCUUCGCCGGGCUUUUCUUCCUCUUUCAACGUGCACAAGGUGGGCCCGGCGGCGGUCCGGGGGGUCUAGGUGGGCCGAUGGAGUUCGGCCGGUCCAAGUCCAAGUUCCAGGAAGUCCCCGAAACCGGAGUCACAUUCGCCGACGUGGCAGGUGCCGACCAAGCCAAGCUAGAACUGCAAGAAGUGGUCGAUUUCUUGAAAAACCCUGAUAAGUACACCGCCCUGGGCGCGAAGAUCCCGAAAGGCUGCCUCCUGGUGGGCCCACCUGGUACAGGAAAAACCCUCCUGGCGAGGGCGGUUUCCGGCGAAGCUGGUGUACCGUUCUUUUCCUGUGCGGCGUCGGAAUUUGUGGAGCUUUUUGUAGGUGUUGGAGCUUCGAGAGUGAGGGAUCUGUUCGAGAAGGCAAAGGCGAAAGCUCCUUGCAUUGUGUUUAUUGAUGAGAUUGAUGCUGUGGGGAGGCAGAGAGGGGCCGGGAUGGGCGGAGGGAAUGAUGAGAGAGAGCAGACGAUUAAUCAGCUCUUGACUGAAAUGGACGGGUUUUCGGGUAAUUCCGGUGUUAUUGUGCUGGCGGCUACUAAUAGACCGGAUGUUCUUGAUUCGGCUUUGCUCAGGCCUGGGAGAUUCGAUAGACAGGUUACUGUUGACAGGCCGGAUGUUGCUGGUAGAAUCAAGAUUCUUCAGGUGCAUUCGAGAGGAAAGGCGCUUGCAAAGGAUGUCGAUUUCGAAAAGAUAGCUAGAAGAACACCAGGUUUCACCGGUGCUGAUUUACAGAACCUAAUGAACGAGGCAGCCAUUUUUGCAGCAAGGCGUGACCUCAAGGAAAUAAGCAAAGACGAGAUAUCCGAUGCCCUCGAGAGAAUCAUUGCUGGACCGGAGAAGAAAAACGCAGUCGUCUCCGAAGAAAAGAAAAGGCUCGUUGCUUAUCAUGAGGCGGGGCAUGCAUUAGUUGGUGCUUUGAUGCCGGACUAUGAUCCAGUGGCCAAGAUGUUGGUAGUCAAUAUUUGGACAGGAAAUGUAACAACAGGGGCAUCGAAUGACUUCAUGCAAGUUUCGAGGGUCGCUCGACAGAUGGUUGAGAGAUUCGGAUUCAGCAAAAAGAUCGGACAAAUCGCCAUUGGUGGUGGGGGUGGAAACCCCUUCCUUGGUCAGCAGAUGUCGAGCCAGAAAGACUACUCCAUGGCAACAGCGGAUGUGGUGGAUGCAGAAGUGAGGGAGCUUGUAGAAACAGCAUACGGUAGGGCCAAAGAACUCAUCACUACACAUAUCGACAUUCUACACAAGCUUGCUCAGUUGCUGCUCGAGAAAGAAACUGUCGAUGGUGAAGAAUUCAUGAGCCUUUUCAUCGAUGGCAAAGCCGAACUAUUCGUCUCCUAAUUCUCUACUCAAAUUCUAGCAUACUAAUUACCUGUAAAAACAUCCAUAAGAGAUGAUAAAUUUUAUUCAAAAAGUCGUCACCAUAUUAUACUCGAAAGUUAAUGUAUAUGUUUUUUCUCCUC